AUGGAGCACCUAACACCAAGUUUCGUGCAAGCUAAGCAGGCGCUACGAAAGAGUGACACAUCGAAGCUCAGAGAGUGCGGUACUAACGGCAUCGACGGUGAUGGUUCGGCAGAUGAGGCAUGGUGCUAUGAGCAGAGUAUAAAUGCUCUUCGUGGUGCAACUGAUGCCGAAGUGAACACGGCGGGAGGCGAUUGGUACGGGUGGAUGGCAUUGAUGCAACAAGAGACGAAAUAA